AUGGAAAACUUGCACGGACCUGGAUACUGCCAAUGCCACGCUGUUUCUCAAGACGCAGACCCAUUUGGUUCUGACCUUCUUUCUUCGAUUCAUUUAGAAGCAGUCACUUGUUUAAAUGAGCAAACCCCUCAUUCAGGAAGGCUUGUAUUCAAAACAAAAGAAAAUAAGCUUGAUCGCACUGAGUCACUAAAGAGCAAUGAAGGUGACCAAGAGCUGCUUUUGUAUAUUCCUUUUGUGUGUCCUGUAAAAGUGUUAUCUAUGUGUAUUAUAGGAGGUGGAGGAGGAACGUCGCCACAACUCGUGAGGGUUUUUAAGAACAACGAUCAUCUAGAUUUCUCAAACGUAGCACAGAUGGCGCCAGUGCAAACCUUUGAAUUGCUAGAAAACCCACUUGGGGAACUAGAGUAUAUGACAAGAUUAAGAUUACAAUUAAGAAUUUUAAUUUUUUUCCCAGAUUUGAUGUUCCGCACGCUUUCGAACAACGCCAACCUGCUUGCCGGGCGGAAAUUCAGCCGCUAUUUUGAACAGUGAUCUUCUCUAGGAGUAGGGCUUGCACUAUGAUCCCCAAGGUCUCGACGGGUUAGGAGGAAGGCCCUGUCAGUAAGCCAUCGGGUGCUAUGGAGGUAAAGGUUAGCCUGAUACCUCCUGUCGGCCACCUUCGGGGUCGAUGACACCCUGGAAAAAAGAACUACGGCCACCCGGAACCGGGAGGAAAAGACCCGUUGUCCAAAACCAUCCGGAUAAUUAACACUUCGGACUGGAAUGGCCACCAGCUGACUCCCAAGGCCACCCUCCCCAUACGGCAGUUCUAUGCAUACUAAGGGUUAGAAUUAAAGGGUCCCAACCUUGAUUUAGGCUAUAAAGCCAUUUUGGCGCCCGUAGUGAUGCGACCUCCGUAAGGACAUAUUUCGUCGCCACCACCAUAUUAAUUAUGUAUAUGGCAAGGGUUUCAAAGUGAACAAAUACAAACUCUUUGUAUAUGCAUUUCCCACAAAGUACAGGAGAAAAUUACACUGAGAUUACUUAUAUUGGAAUUAAAGGGGAAAGUUCGAACUAUAAGAGGCAGGCUGUUAUUUCUGUGUAUGAAAGCAGGGCAAUGAAGAAAGAUCAUAAGACGUGGGAUGAAGCUAUGGGAGAUGAAGGGAUCAGGUAA